UCGCCUUGCUCGCACUUGUGUAAAACCCCAUGGUGCUGUCAAAUUUCAAUGAAAUCGAAUUUAUGCAUAUGCAUAUUAUGAAAUCAUAAUACCAUCACAUGGAUUUUUAGGAGAAAUUUAUCGUUUCGUGAUUUUUUAGGAGGAAAGCCAAAUUUGCAUCUGGCAGCACCGAUGUUUGCAGUUCUACCGCCAGCUGAGCGGCUAGUUGCUCGUUUUGUUUAAUUUAUAGUUUAUGAUGUGCCGUAAAAACAAUAAAAUUUAAUUAGUAUACGCACCCAGGACUUAGACUGCGUAGAUGCCGUAAUUGGCCAACUAGUGAAUGUGCACGGAUUUAUAAAGUUAAUCCUAGGCGCGUGCAGUCACAGGUUUUUUGCAAACUUGGUCUAGCUGCUUAUAAAUAAUUCAAAAUGCGGGUCCUGCGCCGAGGAACAGUGCAGAAAAUCGCACUAGGAUGCUUUGUGGUCGGGUUGAUGGUCACCUUCUACGUGCUGAACGACGAACAGGAUGUGGAUAAAAAUGUUAAAAUCGACAUUAUCGAGCGGUCUAUACGUUCGGUGGUGAAUCAGGGCCAGUGCCGGCAUCCACAUCUGCCCCUGGACAAUCCGGACAUUAUGAGGUUCUACAAGCCCGUGGAGCGAAUAAACUGCGGGGAGGGACUGGAUUGGGUGAUGUGCGAGAAAUCUAUAUGCUUUGUGCGCCCGGAGAUUGCGGCCAGCCACGAAGACGUGACCUGCUCCUACACGGAUAUUAUUCGGAAGUCCGACUACAGGGUGCGCUUCGGGAGAACGUUGCGCCUGAAGGAACCCUAUGUCCUGCAGGCCAGUGACUUUGUUAAGGUGGCCUGCCACUCCGCCAGUGGCGAGAGUUGGUUUGGCAUGGCCCACGGAAUUCGUGAUGCAGUGCCCCGUCCAUCGUCCGCGAAUUUCUCACCGAAUUUGGCCGUUCUCCCCCCCGAAGCUGUGGCCCAGGCUCAGCAGCAAAUGCAACAGGAAGUGCCCACGGCGUCGUUCUACAACGUCCUCAUGUUCGGCUUUGAUUCGCUGAGCCGGAAUGCCUUUAUCCGGAAGCUACCCCGUACGUACGAGUAUCUCACGCAGCAGUUGGGUGCCACUGUCCUUAAGGGCUACAACAUUGUGGGCGACGGUACGCCGCAGGCAUUAGUUCCGCUGCUUACGGGUUACACCGAACUGGAGCUGCCGGAAACGAGAAAGAGAUUGUCUGGAGCGGGAAGUGUGGACUCAUAUCCCAUGAUUUGGCAGGACUUUUCCCGUCUUGGCUACAUGACUUCGUUCAACGAGGAUCUGCCCAAUGUGGGCACCUUUACCUAUCGUAUGAACGGCUUCGAGACCCAGCCCGUGGAUCAUUACCUGCGCACCUACUACGUCCAGGCGGAGCACAUGGCCGCCGAGAGCCAACCCAACUGCAUUGGCCACCAGCCAGACCAUGUCACCAUGCUGGAGUACACCAAGAAUUUCAUGUUGAAAUAUCGGGACGUCCCGCGUUUUGUAUUCAGUUUCCACGGUGGGCUAUCGCACGACUCUAUUAAUCUGAUUGGUGCCGCCGAUGACGAUGUUCACGAUUGGCUGGUGGCGCUCAAGGAGCGAUCGCUACUCGAUGACACAAUUUUGAUCAUGAUGGCUGAUCACGGUAAUCGGUUUGCUGAGGUUCGCGCAACUUUGCAGGGCAAACAGGAGGAGCGACUACCUUUCUUCAGUUUUGCAUUUCCCGAAUCGUUUAAGAAGCGAUUUCCCCAGGAAUACAAGAACUUCCUGGCCAACGAGGAGCACCUUACCACGCCAUUUGAUAUACACGCUACACUGCAGCACAUUAUAAAGAUGCAAACCGCCGUCGGCGAUGAUGAUCAGUUGGGCGACGGCAACGACAUUAGGGAAGAGCUUGAGCGCGGUCACCCAGAGAUACAUAUCUCCGAGCUGGCUAGGGGACGCGCCAUGUCCCUUCUGGACCCCAUUCCGAGCAAUCGCUCAUGUGCCGAUGCCUACAUAGAGCCACACUGGUGCGCCUGCCUCAACUGGCUACCGCUGCAGCUGAACGACACCGGGCACAUGGGGAUCAUUCUCAAGGCCGCCCAGAGCAUAGUGGAUGCCAUCAACACGGCAACAGUGGAGCAACGUCAGCUCUGCGCGUCUCUCAAGGUACUCCGUGUCAAUUGGGCGCUCCGCCUGCAACCACAUAAGGAGUUGCUGCAGUUUAAGACGAACAGCGACCGGGACGGCUUUCUGGCGGAUAUGACGGGCCAGACGCUGGUCCGCGAUGAAAUGUACCAACUUCAACUGGUCACGGAGCCAGGUGAGGGGCUGUUCGAGGCGAGUGUCAGCUACAGCCUACACACGUUUAGUGCCACAACGAAGCUGACUGACAUAUCCCGAGUCAACAAGUACGGCAACCAAGCGCGAUGCAUAUACGAUCGGGAUCCAGAAUUACGGAAAUAUUGCUAUUGUCGCGACUAGUCUGCGCGCACAAAUUAGUCUAGUCCAAACCAGAGAACUGCUAAGCAAUCACCAACUCGAAUAGAUUUUUCGACAACCUCCAAGCAAAGAUCUUAAGAUAACAAGAUGCAUAACGCCCAUACAUGUGAAUUGGCGUAAGGAAGCCAUUUUUCGCUAGCACAAAGUUGAGAGCGCAAAUCUAGAAUGCUUGAAACGUAAAAAUUGUAUGGCGUUAUUAAUCUUCUUAUUAUAACACCUUGCUCCAAGUGUGUGUGCGUUGUCGUCGUAGCUCUCAAAACUGUUUCUGCCUCUCUUCAGUCCAAAGAUCUGCCUCAGUUUGUAAUAUACGUAGGUUCCUUUAAUCAACGAUUGUAGUAUUGUUUCAUUAAAAAUACCAUUUGUGUGUAAUGUGAAUAAAAUAUAAGAAAUUGUCAUUCCAAUUUCUUAGCACUUAUUGUGGGUAUAA